GGUACAUUAGUCAAGUAUUCACCUUUUUCUUUCUACUGCGUCUGAGAUUGUUGAGCAAAAACUUCUCCAGCAACCGUCUGACAAGCUCCUCCAACAAAAAAGGUCAAUUUAAUUGAAAGGUUUCUACAUUUAAACAAACUACCUAUAAUGAUUUCCCUGCAAGACGUGAAUCCCAGAGUGAGAGCGAUUAGAGUCUCUGCACAAACGGCUCUGCAGAGUCUGUCGGCUCUGCAAAAAGACAUGGCUCAGGAGGCCCAGAAACCCUUUAAGGAGGUGAUUGAUGUCGGUUCAGGCGAUUCCCACAGAACGGGAAUAAAACCCAUCUCAUUUAUCCGGCAGGUCCUGGCAGUGUGUUUGUACCCUCAGCUGCUGGAGGACGACAGUCUUCCUCUGGAUGUCAGGCUAAGAGCUCAGAGGCUCCUGCAGGCCUGUGAUGGUGAAAGUGUGGGUUCCUACACUGCCUCCUCUGGGCUGCUUCAUGUCAGACAAAACAUUGCAGACUUCAUCACGAAACGAGACGCUGGAGUUCCUUCAGACAGCAACGACGUCUUCAUCUCUGCUGGUGCUCAAAGAGCUCUGAUGGUGGUUGUGAAGCUGCUUUCCAGAGGGGAGGGGCAGACUCAGACAGGUGUGUUGACCCCCCUGCCGUGCCCACACACCCUGCCGGCUCUGCUGGAUGAGGCCGGGGUGACGGCGGUGCCAUAUCAGCUGACAGAGGAGCAAGGAUGGGCUGUAGACCUGAACAAGCUGCACCGAGUGCUGCAGUCCUCUAGAGGGCGCUGUGAGCCCAGAGCCAUUUACAUCAGCAACCCAGGAAACCCCACAGGCCAUGUACAGGACAGGAAGUCCAUACAGGAAGUGAUUCAGUUGGCAGCAGCUGAGAGACUCUUACUGCUGGUUGAUGAGGUGUAUCAGGACAGCGUGUACGGACUGAACAGAGAGUUCAUCUCCUACAAGAAGAUUCUGUUUGAGAUGGACAAAGAGUUCAGAGACACUGUGGAGCUCGUCUCCUUCCACUCUUUAUCCUGCGCCUCUGUGGGAGAGUGUGGCCUGAGGGCAGGAUACAUGGAAGUCAUCAACAUGGAUCCAGAGGUGAAGCACUUUGUUGACACCAUGCUGUGCACUGACAUCAGUACUCCAGUCACAGGGCAGCUCGCUCUGGAUCUCAUGUUAAACCCCCCUAAACGUGGAGACCCUUCAUAUGACACAUACACUCAGGAGACACGCUUCGCUCGUGCCACUCUGUCCCUCAAUGCUCAGCGGGCUCUGGAGGUCCUGAAUAAUCUGCCAGGGAUGAGCUGCCAGUCUGCGAUGGGGGGAAUCUACCUUUAUCCCCGUCUGCAUCUACCAGCUAAGAUCAGGAUGCAAGCCAAGGUACAGGGGGUGGAAGCAGAUGUUCUUUACUGUCAGAAGUUACUGGAGGAGGAGGGUUUGCUGGUGGGUGUAGGUCAGCAGGGUGGAGAAGCUGGCCCCCAUCACCUCAGGCUUUGUGUCCUUGUUCCUCCAGACAUGCUGGAGAAAGUCAUGUUUCGUCUCUGUUCCUUCCAUCUUCGCCUCAUGAACGGGCACCGUGACGUUGACAGAAGUCUGACAGGCGAAGACGAGAAAGAAAAUACUGAACAUGUGUUUAACUGUGGAGAGGGAAAGAGCCUCAGCUCCAGUGGUGACCUCAUGGAAGCCAUCUAAAAAGAACAGCAGGGUUAAGAUCCUUCCAUUUCAUUUCAGCUUGUACUUUAAAUAAAUGUGAAAUGAGGCUUAUUCUGGCACCUUUUCCUGGAGGAGAAACACUUCCUCCAAAGUAGCCAUCCAAUAAUCAAAGAACUGAAUUGAACUUCAGCUUGAAGUCUCUUAUCCACAGAUUUUACAUGUCAAACAUCUGCAGUUUGUUUGUCUUUCGAGAGCUUCUGGUGUCUUUCUGUCUCCAUCCUGUGAAACUAAAAUGACUUGUGACUGUGUAAAUCAUACAAAUUAGACCGAUAAAGACCACAAGCUAAUGCACAGCCAUCUUAUCAGUGAAAUAAUUUAACAUAAUAAUCAUACCAGCAUCUGGGCUUUCAGAUCUGUUUACUUUUAAAACAAUUAAGAGGAGAAGUUGGUCCUUAAACACAGCUCACCAUCCUGCAGUCAGCUAAGUGCUAAUUACUGUCUAAUGUAAUACCUGUUAAAGAAAAUCUUCAGGACGCCUGUCAGAAAAAAGCUAAAAGCUUUUGGGAAUUGCUGCAAACCAAUGAGCAAACUGACUGUUCUUUUUGUAAUAUCAUUUAAAAGAGGUACCAUGCAGUUUGGUGUGUGUGUGUGUGCGUGCUUUAUAUAGCUACAAAAAGGCUUGAAAAAUGAAGGUUUUCAGAAAAUUAAAAUGCAUAAUGCAUAGCUGUUCUUAUCCACAUUCAAAUCCACAAGGUGCAUUAAUUUCCAACAACACUGAAGGAAAAAUAAACCCUGUGGUUUGUCAGAUAAG